AAAGGAGGAGCCCGUGGCCUUUGGCACAGAAGGGGAUUAAGUUCAACUUUUAAGGCCCUACAGCAGAACAUUGGUUGCCUUGGUUAUUAUUGAAUCCGGAAGUACCUUUGGGGAACCCUCUGUGGGAACAUGGCUGUGCAAGGCUGGAGUGAUGCCUUAAAAUCUUCAAAGAAAACGGCGUUAAUUAACGAUGGUAAAAGGAAGGUUCACUACCUAUUCACAGAUGGAAAGGAAAUGGCAGAAGAGUAUGAUUUGAAGACAGAUGAACUAAACGUACGUAAAUGGCGCCUCAAAAGCACCCUGGGAGCUCAGAGCUCUUGGCAGGUGGAGGUCGGGGAGCCACUCUCGAGCCUUGCUGUGUCUUUGGACUCUGACGUGAUCAAAGAGAGUGGCUGCAAUCCCACGUUCAUGCGCAAAGACACAAAAACCUGUUUUCAGUGGAGGAUUAGGAACCUUCCCUACCCUAAGGACGUCUUCAGUGUGGUCGUAGAGCCCUCUGACCGAUGCGUCAUCAUAAAAACAUCAAACAAAAAGUAUUACAAGAAGUUCAGUAUUCCUGAUCUCGACCGGAGCGAGCUCCCACUGGACAGCUCGGCUCUCAGCUUCACGCACGCCAACAACACAUUAAUUGUCAGCUACAAGAAACCCAAAGAGAUCUUGGCCCUUGAGCAGGAACUAAUGAAGGAACUGAAGAAACUGAAAGGGAACACUGAGGGGGAUGUCGACUGCAAAACCCAGUAAAUUAUGACUGUGAGAACCAAGAAAUUACACUGAGCUGCAUUUGAAACCGAGCCUCAGAAGUCGUAUGUGAGCAUUCGUUUACCUUUCCUGACUGGAUCCCUUCGUUAGGAUUCUCAGUGCCUUGUUGCUGCUUUAAUGCUUCCUGUUGUGACCAGUUUAAGUCAGUUUUCCAGAGCUGUUCGUGUUCAGACAUGUCCAGCCAUUUCCAUUAGCUGUACACAGUAUUAUUGAAACACACACAGUUUUGAUUUGAUGAGAUUUCGAAACCAUGUAGGAUUCUUUUUCCCCAAGAAAAUAUUACAGAGAGCAAAAAUUUAAUUGAAUUGGACAUGUGUUUGUUUUUCCUUCUUAUCACCAUCAUACCUACAAUAGAGCAAGUUUUUUCUUCUUCUUCUUUCUUUCUCUUUUGGGGUGGGAGGGGUCCGCAUACCCUACUACUUUCCUUUCACGGAUGUCCUUGUAAAACACUCAAAACACACAAUGCUUCAUCCCUGUUCGUUCCGAGGUCACAGUUACGAAGACAUCCCAUUUGUGUUAAAUGAAUACCCUUAUGUUCCUUCCACGCAGCCGGCCACCCUGAAAGCCAUCAGUGAAGCUACUUUUACCGUUUCCCCUCUCCACAAAGGGUCACUCUGACUUAGUGGUCGCCAGCUGAAAUGCUGCAGACUACAACAACAAAAAAAAAUAGGUGGAACUUUAAAAUUGAAUGUCACAUUCCCAGAGUUUUGUUUUGAUUUGCUCAAUCAUUUUAAAGGGCGGGAAUAUAAAGCCACCAUCUGAUCAUUUUGGCUUAUGUAAAUCUGUGGGUAUACACUGUAUAAAGUCCAAGAGAAAAGUAUUAAAGGGGGAAAUUUGUCUACUUUCUGACCACAUUCAAUUAAAGGAAACGCUCAGCUCAGUUAGAGAUACUUAACUGGUGGAUAAAGAAAAAAAAGAGUGGUGCUGUUUAAAUGAGACAAUGGCAUUUAAAUAUAGCUUGUUCCAGUCUUGUGAUUCCUUGCAUUUUUUUGCUGCUUGUCCAAACCCAGAGAGAGCAAGUGCAAAAAGCAGAGACAAAACCACAGGUCUCCCACCAUUGUGCUUUGUCUUAUUCUAGAUGGGAUGCAAGAAAACAUUUUUAAGUGCAUCAGUCCUAUUGUUUUGUCCAAUUUUCUAUGGAGGGUGUGUGUGUGUAGAGGGGGGUGACAGGAUUUAUUUAUUCAUUUCAAACUGUGAAGUCAGAAAAAAAAAGUGGAUUGACGUUUGGACGUUCAGUGUUGUUUCCGCUUUGUUUUUAAAAAAGCUUCUGUAUAGAAGACGCCUUAAAUGA